UUUUAAUGGCGGAAUGAAUGGGAAAGCAAGGGAGUGCUUUGCUAUUCUAGUUGCUCUUCUGUUUUCUUUCACAGGAGUUUGCAAACAUCUGUGACUGCCUGUGUCAAAGACUUAAGAAGAUUAUAAGUUGGAGGUAGAUAUCUCUACAUUUUUCUGUGGUUACCAGUCAACAUCCUCAAGAUGACAAGAAUUUUGACAACUUGCAAAAUGGUGAAGACUUUGAAAAACAGACCUGGAUUGUGCAAAGCUAAUGCUCCUUGCUGGAAUUUAUCAAGAACUGGUACCAGACUGCUAAGUAUCAAGGCGCCGGCAGCAAACCUGGUACUGGAAGAUGGAACAAAGAUGAGGGGUUAUUCCUUUGGCUAUCCAUCCUCCACAGUAGGGGAAGUUGUAUUCAACACAGGCCUUUCUGGGUACAUGGAAAUCCUGACAGAUCCUAGCUAUCGGGGGCAGAUUCUCACACUGACAAACCCCAUUGUAGGGAAUGGUGGGGUGCCGGACACUUCUGCCUUGGAUGAAAUGGGCCUCAGCAGGUUUUUAGAGUCAGAUGGAAUCAAGGUUUCAGGUUUGCUGGUGCUGGAUUAUAGCAAUGAGUACAGUCACUGGCGGGCAGUCAAGAGUUUGGGGGAGUGGCUGAAAGAAGAACAGGUGCCUGCUCUGUAUGGAAUUGAUACCAGGAUGUUAUCUAAAAUAAUUCGGGACAAGGGCACAGUACUUGGGAAGAUUGAAUUUGAAGGUCAACCAGUGGAGUUUGUAGACCCAAAUAAGCAGAACUUGAUUGCAGAAGUUUCAACUAAGGAAGUCAAAGUAUAUGGCCACGGAAAUCCAAUUAAAGUUGUAGCUGUGGACUGUGGGUUAAAACACAAUGCUAUCCGUCUGCUAGUAAAGCGGGGGGCAGAAGUGCAUGUGGUUCCCUGGAAUCAUGACUUCACCAGGAUGGAGUACGAUGGGCUCUUUAUUUCUGGUGGCCCUGGGGAUCCAACACAAGCACAGGAACUGAUCCAGAAUGUCAGGAAGGUCUUGGAGAGUGAUUGCCAGGUGCCAUUGUUUGGGGUCAGUAUGGGGAACCUAAUAAUUGGAGUGGCAGCUGGAGCUACGUCUUACAAGAUGCCCAUGGCCAACAGAGGGCAGAAUCAACCCGUGUUGAGUGCAGUGAAUGGACAGGCUUUCAUUACUGCUCAGAAUCACGGUUAUGCGAUUGACAGCAGCACCCUCCCUCCUGGUUGGAAACCCCUUUUUGUGAAUGCCAAUGAUCAGACAAAUGAGGGAAUUAUGCACGAGACCAAACCAAUUUUCACAGCACAGUUCUACCCAGAGGCCAGCGCGGGGCCAACGGACACGGAGUUGCUAUUCGAUUCAUUUAUUUCACUGAUUAAGAAGGGAAAAGGUACUACCAUUGCCUCAGUGCUGCCCAAGGCCAGAGCUACCGCUUCUAGAGUUGAGGUCUCCAAAGUUCUCAUCCUAGGAUCUGGGGGUCUGUCAAUUGGGCAGGCAGGGGAAUUUGAUUACUCUGGAUCACAGGCUGUUAAAGCCAUGAAGGAAGAAAAUGUGAAAACUGUUCUCAUGAACCCCAAUAUUGCCUCAGUCCAAACCAAUGAAGUGGGCUUAAAGCAGGCUGACACAGUCUACUUCCUCCCCAUCACACCACAAUUUGUCACAGAGGUCAUCAAAGCAGAGAGGCCAGAUGGGUUAAUUUUGGGCAUGGGCGGCCAGACAGCUCUUAACUGUGGAGUGGAGUUGUUCAAACGAGGUGUUCUGCAGGAGUAUGGAGUGAAGGUCCUGGGCACCUCAGUUGAAUCCAUCAUGGCCACAGAGGACAGGCACCUAUUUACUAACAAACUGAUGGAAAUAAAUGAAAAGAUUGCUCCCAGCUUUGCAGUGAAAUCGAUUGAAGAUGCUUUUGUGGCAGCAGAAGAGAUUGGCUACCCAGUCAUGAUACGCUCUGCUUAUGCCCUGGGUGGGCUGGGAUCAGGUAUAUGUCCUGACAAAGAAAGUCUGCUGGACCUGGGUACCAAGGCCUUUGCAAUGACCAGCCAAAUUCUAGUGGAGAAGUCAGUAGUUGGCUGGAAGGAGAUAGAAUAUGAAGUAGUAAGAGAUGCUGCUGAUAACUGUAUUGCUGUCUGUAAUAUGGAAAAUGUUGAUGCCAUGGGAGUCCACACAGGAGAUUCUAUUGUAGUAGCUCCAAGCCAGACGCUCUCCAAUGAGGAAUUUCAGAUGCUGAGGGAACGUGCCAUCAAGAUUGUCCGCCACUUGGGCAUUGUGGGAGAAUGUAACAUCCAGUACGCCCUGCAUCCCACCUCUCUGGAGUACUGUGUCAUUGAAGUAAAUGCCAGGCUCUCAAGAAGCUCUGCCUUGGCAUCCAAGGCUACAGGGUACCCAUUAGCAUUUAUUGCUGCAAAAAUUGCCCUAGGGAUUCCCUUACCAGAAAUCAAGAAUGUGGUGUCAGGAAAAACUACUGCCUGUUUUGAGCCCAGCCUGGAUUACAUCGUUACCAAGAUACCCCGCUGGGACCUUGACCGCUUUCAGGGCACCUCCAGCCAGAUUGGAAGUUCCAUGAAGAGUGUGGGAGAGGUCAUGGCUAUUGGACGCACCUUUGAGGAGAGCUUCCAGAAGGCCCUGCGAAUGUGCCAUCCCUCUGUUGAUGGCUUCACAUCAUCUCUGCCAAUGAAUAAAGACUGGCCAACCAAUUUAGACCUCAAGAAAGAACUGGCAGAGCCGUCCAGCACUCGUGUUUAUGCAAUGGCCAAGGCUUUGUAUGAUAAUGUUCCAGUGGAUGAUAUUCACAGACUCACGGCCAUUGACAAGUGGUUCCUCUAUAAGAUGCGUGAUAUUUUGAACAUGGAGAAGAACCUGAAGGAAUUCAGCAGUGACUCAAUUCCAGAAGAAACAUUGAGGAGGGCCAAACAGAUUGGCUUCUCAGAUAAACAGAUUGGGAAAUGCUUGGGAGUGACUGAGGCCCAGAGCCGUCAGCUAAGGGCGAAGAAGAACGUAAUGCCUUGGGUGAAACAGAUUGACACACUGGCAGCAGAAUACCCUACAUUAACUAACUACCUCUAUAUCACAUACAAUGGACAGGAGCAUGAUGUAAAAUUUGAUGACCAUGGAACGAUGGUGCUGGGCUGUGGACCAUAUCACAUAGGCAGCAGCGUGGAGUUUGAUUGGUGUGCUGUCUCCAGUAUCCGUAUGCUGCGUCAGCUAGGCAACAAGACAGUUGUGGUGAAUUGCAAUCCGGAGACGGUGAGCACAGAUUUUGAUGAAUGUGACAGACUGUACUUCGAGGAGCUGUCACUGGAGAGGAUCCUGGACAUCUACCAACAUGAGGGAUGCAGUGAUUGCAUUAUUUCUGUAGGUGGGCAGAUUCCAAAUAACCUGGCAAUACCACUGUACAAGAAUGGGGUGAAGAUCCUGGGCACCAGCCCUUUGCAGAUUGACCGGGCAGAAGACCGAUCUGUAUUCUCAGCUGUUUUGGAUGACCUCAAUGUAGCUCAGGCACCCUGGAAGGCUGUUAGCACUUUGAAAGAAGCUGUUGAUUUUGCAGACUCUGUGGGCUACCCAUGCUUGCUGAGGCCUUCCUAUGUGUUGAGUGGGUCUGCAAUGAAUGUGGUAUUCACAGAAGAAGAGAUGAAGAAGUUCUUAGCAGAAGCUACCAGAGUCUCCCAGAAAUACCCAGUUGUACUGACAAAAUUCAUUGAGGAGGCCCGAGAGGUGGAAAUGGAUGCAGUAGCCAAUGCUGGAAGAGUCAUCUCACAUGCCAUCUCUGAGCAUGUGGAAGAUGCAGGAGUUCACUCUGGAGAUGCUACUCUGAUCUUACCCACACAAACUAUCAGUCAAGGAGCGUUGGAAAAGGUAAAAGCUGCCACCAAAAAGAUUGCAAAUGCCUUUGCCAUCUCUGGCCCAUUCAACAUUCAGUUCCUGGUCAGAGGAAACAAUGUCUUGGUGAUAGAGUGCAACAUGCGGGCCUCACGCUCCUUCCCCUUUGUGUCAAAGACUCUUGGUGUGGACUUUAUUGAUGUGGCCACAAAAGUGAUGACUGGAAAAAAGGUUGACACGUCAUCCCUUCCAACAUUGGAACAUCCCAUUAUUCCUUCUGAGUAUGUUGGUAUUAAGGCUCCGAUGUUCUCUUGGCCCCGAUUGAGAGAUGCUGACCCUAUUCUCCGCUGUGAGAUGGCUUCCACGGGGGAGGUUGCAUGUUUUGGGGAGGAUGUCCAUUCUGCCUUCCUGAAGGCAAUGCUGUCCACAGGAUUUAAGUUCCCCCAAAAUGGAAUAUUGGUUGGCAUCCAGCAUUCCUUCCGUCCCAAAUUCCUGUGUGUAGCAGAACAGCUGCAUGAGGAAGGUUUCAAGCUUUAUGCCACUGAAGCAACUUCCGACUGGCUUAAUGCCAACAGUGUACCUGCAACUCCUGUGGCAUGGCCAUCCCAGGAAAGCCAAAACUCCAGCAUCCCCCAGAUCAGGAGGCUGAUAAAAGAUGGGAACAUAGAUUUGGUGAUUAAUCUUCCCAAUAACAACACCAAGUUCAUCCAUGAUAAUUACAUGAUCCGCAGGAUGGCUGUUGACAGUGGGAUUGCUCUCCUUACUAAUUUCCAGGUGACAAAACUUUUUGCUGAAGCCAUCAAAUACUCUGGGAAAGUGGACUGUAAGAGUCUCUUCCACUACAGACAGUUUAGUAGCAGAAACCCAGCAUAAGAGAGAAGCCACCAGCAUGAAAUAUAGCUGCUCUCGCACCAAGAGAAAAGGAGGUUCCAACUUUGGCGGCUAAAAUAAUCUAUCCAGUCCAAAUUUGGUUAUUUCCAUUUAUUUCAUUGGCUCUGACAUUUAUCUCAUUGUAACUUACAGCGGAGACACAGCAGGUGCUUUGAAAUCAACCUUCCUCCUCCAGAUGAUGUUGAAAAAUAGUUUCCUUCCUCCCCUCUCCCUUUUGCAGUUGAUAUUCAUACCUGGUAAAUCCAGCUCCCACUGUGGUAGAGGAGGUGCAAGGCAAAGCAUGUGAUCCUUUAGGGUGGCAGUUCCAUCUUUAUAUAACCAUUCCAGCUCCGUCUCUAAGUAUUUGUACUGUUAUCCUUUGAUAAUGCCAUACUGAGGCAUUAGUGCUAGAAUCUGGUAUUGCCCUCCCAUUGAGCUAUGUCAUUGUCAUCUUUAUAUAUUUCCCAUUUUCAUCAUUAAUUAUCAAAAUCUCUGUUACUUUGUCCUUUAUAAAAACCAACCUCAUACUUGAUUCACUCAGUGAUGCUGCAGUCACCUAGUGAUGAAUGUGAUGAGAAUGAAAGGAGCCCUUUUAAAAGAACAAGCAUCACUGCUGUUUUAUGACAGCAGAUAAUGGACAUGUUGCAGCUACUUUCUGUUUAUUUUGGGUCCUUUUUUUUAAACUUUGCCCAAGUGCCAUCUUUUGCAGCAUGCAGUCUUGACCAGGGUUUGUGCAGGAAUGUCUUCCAAAUUUUGUUCAUGCCUCAGUGUUUGAAAUUUGUUUAUUAUUUGUGCCCCAGAUGGCUCUCUCUGAAUCACAGGGUUCAUUCUUAGUCUAAUGUGUGGCUUCAGAGAAGAUACUCUCAAAACACCACCCUGCAUUGUUCUCAUCCAUUUUGUAUUGUGAUUGCGAGGAUUAAAAUGGAAUACUUUGAAAACAAGA